AUGAACAACCCCGAAUUCCGCCAGACUCUUCACAACAUCUCCCACAACUUCGAAUCUGCCAAUCAAGCGGCCCAAGAGAAUAUCUAUACGUUCACCCAACGUUACGUUGACCCUUGCCUCGCGUCCAUCAAGUCUUGCAUCUAUGAGUGCACUGCGCCUUGUUUCCCCAACAGAGACGAUAAUAUCCGACGAAAGAGGGGCCGGUCGCGUGGCAGAGCUGAAUAUAACUUUGACUUCUACAAUGCUUGGGAUGACGACGAGGCUCCUGGAGACAGCUCCCUGGGCUGGAGCAAUGACGAGCUUGAUGGUUUACUCGCUGGACGUGGUUCACGGUCCAUCCAGCCACGGAAACAGAGAGCAAUGAGCUAUGGUUCGAGAGGACGACGAAAGCCCUCAGGGCUACAACCAGAUCCUGAUCAAGAUCCAACCAUCAUACCAAGCUCGUCAUACCUCGGGUUUCUGGAGCGCCUUCCGUGGAAGAUUGGCUACAGGAGAUUACGAUACAAGCCUUCCGCUGCAGACCUGCAGGAAAAUCCAGGCGGCACCCGAGUGCGAGACGCAGAGAGUCAGCCUUUGAUAGAAGAGGCAGACGAAGACAGCGGGACUUGGAGGAAGGGUCACGGACGUCAGCGAAGCGAUACUGCCGCUUCGAGGUCAACUACCAAUUCCCUAAGUUCGCGAGGCGACCUGAUUAUGAGCGAUGAGGAUGAAGAUGCGCAACCGCUCGACGAUGAGUUCGCAGUGAUGCUCAGUCGACGCAACACUAACCAAGGAUUCGCUGAAGACCAAGGCAGCGGCCGAACAAAGACGUCGGCGGGCAAUCGGCCUGGAGCUUCUCGCAAUUCGACCCGCACCGUCUCCUCUAAGUCGAUAAGGAGUCCCAGUGCCAAAAGUGCCCAGAGGUCCGAGUCCCAGAAGAAUCUGGCGGGACUGUCUUCUGACCUGGUCGAGGAACACCCUGAACCCCCAAGCUUGACAGAUCUUCGGCGGCAAGAAGAGCAAGUGGCACAAGAGGAGGAGCUGGAAAUCAGACAGAAACGAGAGGCUGCCCAGCGCCUGGCUCUACGCAGAGGGCUGAGUUCGCGUGACGUGAAAAAUGUCGCCAAUGCAGAACUGAAACCCGACGACGUGGACGAUGCGCCUGCAAGGCUGGAGAUAUUGGAACCAGAUCCGACAUCACCGAUUGAACCAUCAACUACAGAGACACAGGCACGAGAGCAAGGCGAGUCCACGUCGUCAGAUACAGGUAAUCCCAGCGACGGGAAAGAUCCAACGUGA